AUGGCCACCAGUGUGCCACUGGGAACGCCUAUUGUUGUGGAAGACAAAGAUAAACCCAAUGUCAUGGAGGGGCAUGGAACAACUGAUGAGGUAUUACAACAUCUUCCUAGAUCUAGCUCCGUGCUUCCAACUACUAGUGUCACUCAGGACCCUUCACCUACUUCAAAUAAGAAGAGAAAGAGAGCAUCAGGUUUGACUGAGGAGGACACAAUCCAGUGCAGCAACAUGAUUGAUGCUAUGCAUGAGAUUGCAAGUGCUAUCAACAACACUUGCCAUGCUGAAACACACCCUGACUUGUACAAGGCUGUCAUGGACCUUAUUGUGUUUGAUCAAAAUGAUCGCUUGGCUGUUCUAGAUUAUCUCAUAGAACAUAAGGCAAAAGGCCUCAACUUUGUGAAGAUGAAUGAUGAAGUUCGUAAAGCAUCGUUCAAACGUAUCUUGAAAGCCAAUCCUGAUCUUCUUUGA